CGAACAAGAACGACUCCAGAGCAACUCGCCGUCUUGGAGAAGUCAUUUAGCAUGAACCCAUCACCCAACAGUCGAGUGCGAGAGCAGCUGUCUCACCAAUUGGGUAUGCCUGAACGUUCAAUUCAGAUUUGGUUUCAGAAUCGCCGUGCCAAAAUGAAA